AUGUCGCGCUCUGCAACCACCCUCUACGUCUCCGGCUUUGGUCCCGCGACCCGCGCUCGCGAUCUUGCCUAUGAGUUUGAGCGCUAUGGACGUCUUGUGCGUUGCGACAUUCCCGCUCCUCGUACCUCUUCCAGCAGACUUUUCGCCUUUGUCGAGUAUGAAAGCCGCCGUGAUGCCGACGAUGCUUACCAUGAAAUGCACAACCGCCGCAUCAGCCGCAACGAAGAAUUGAAGAUUGAGUGGGCCAGAACCCCUCCCUCUGCUUCCUGGCGCUUCGAUGCUGGUCGUCCUCCUCGCGGUGAGCGUGGCGACCGUGGUGAUCGUGGUGACCGCCGUGACCGUUCUCCUCGUCGCCGCUCCAUCAGCCCUGCUCCUCGUUCUCGCCGUGGCGACCACUCUCCUCGCAAGGAUGACCGCCGUGAGCGCGACUACGACCGCCGCGACCGUACCCGUAGCCCCGAGGACCGUGAGCGUGAGAGAGACCGCGAUGCCAGAGACCGUGACGAUGACCGCGAGCGUGACACCAAGCGCGACGACGACCGCGAACGCGAGGAGCGCCCCCAACCCGCUGUCGAGUCUCCUCCUGCCGCUGCUGCCCACGAUGACCUUGACACCGCCGAGUAG